UGAUCAAUAUAAUACAUACAGAUCCAGCUUCCAACACAACUGUACAAGUAAAACUCAAAGUACACAACACAACUCCAACUCAACUCCAUCCAGAUUUGCCCGAGAUCGGACCAUCUCCACCGUCCGAUCUCGCCGGAUUUUCAUUACUCUCUACUCAGGUAAUUGCUAUUGAAUAAAGUCUAUUACCUCUGAUUUAGGAAUGGGUACGGAGAUUCAAAACUGGCGUUUGGAAUUGGAUUAUGACCAGUGGAUAGCACUCCCCGUGUCUGGUCCAAGGCCAUCAGCUCGAUACAAGCAUGCUGCAGCUGUGGUUGGUGAAAAGUUGUACAUAGUUGGUGGAAGUCGCAAUGGUCGGUAUUUAUCUGAUUUUCAGGUCUUUGAUCUCAAUAACUUGACCUGGUCUUCAAUAAAAUUGAACGUGGAUCCAAAUUCUAAAACUGUUGAGAACAGUACUCCAGAAAUAGCAUUUCCAGCCAUUUCCAGUCACAACAUGAUUAAGUGGGAAAACCAACUGAUUAUUGUGGGUGGUCAAACAAAGAACAUAUCUGAUAGAGUAACAGUGAGAUUUAUCAACCUUGAGUCACAUCUGUGCGGUGUGGUAGAGACGACAGGAAACAUUCCGAUAGCUCGCAGUGGACAAUCUGUGUCAUUGUUUGGCUCCAAAUUGAUAAUGUUUGGGGGAGAGGACAAGAGCAGAAGGCUGCUGAAUGACGUACAUGUUCUUGAUCUGGAAACAAUGUCUUGGAGUGACUUAGAAACAACGCAAACAACUCCAGCUCCCAGAUUUGAUCACACAGCUGCAGUACAUGCAGGACGUUACCUUUUAAUUUUCGGGGGCUGUUCUCAUUCAGUUUUUUUUGGUGAUCUGCAUGUAUUAGACUUGGAGACUAUGGAAUGGUCCCAACCAGAAGUUCAGGGUGAAAUAGUGGCUCCUAGAGCGGGUCAUGCUGGUGUAACAGUCGAUGAUAACUGGUAUAUAGUUGGCGGUGGUGAUAACAGAUCUGGUGCUCAAGAGACGCUUGCACUCAAUAUGUCGAAGCUUGUUAUUUCAAUUUUAACCAGUGUAAAAGGAAGAGAUCCACUGGCUAGUGAGGGACUGAGCGUAUCGUCUUCAAUUAUACAUGGCGAGAAGUUUUUGGUUGCUUUUGGUGGCUACAAUGGAAAAUAUAACAAUGAGGUAUAUGUCAUGCGACCCAAACCAAACGACUCUGCCCAUGCCAAGAUAUUUAAGUCACCAGCAGCUGCUGCUGCAGCAGCCUCGGUUACAGCUGCAUAUGCUCUAACCACAUCUGAGGUGGCUAUUACUGAUACAAGGGGUCCAAAUAUUGAGGUGGAUCUUUCAGUUGAAAUCAGUACAGUUAAAGAAAAUAAGAAACUGUUGGAAUCUUCUCUUUCGGAUAUACAGGCAGAGAAUUCUGCACUCCAAGCUAAGCUUGAUGAUACAAAUAGUACUCAUGUCGAGUUGUCCAAGGAACUUCAAUCUGUACAAGGUCAGCUGGUAGCCGAGAGAUCCAGAUGUGCUAAACUCGAGGCACAAAUCGCGGAGCUACAGAAGAUGCUUGUGUCAUUGCAAUCUAUAGAGGAGGAGGUUCAAGAGAUCCGAAGACAAAAAGCAGAGUUUGAUCGUGAUAUAGAGGUCGCUUCGGCUGAUCAGAGACAAAGUUCAGGUGGAGUUUGGAGGUGGGUGGCUGGUUAAAUUUAUCGCUAAAAACUGAGCUGGUCACUCUGCAGACAAAAUCUUUCAGCUGAUGCCGCUGUUUUGCGAGUAAAAGGAAUGCAAUUUUUGUCAGGCAGAUAUAAGAAAUGAUAGUCACUUAUAAUUUUACUUUAAUUAUGAUAAUUAAAAUAUGAUGCGGGCUACACUUUUUACUUCCGGCUUUUUAUUUAUAUUGACAUUUAUUCUUUUGCAUAGAGGUUCUGAAGUUUCCAUGUCAUACUGUCAUAGAAAUUAGUUUUUGUCUGUUGCAACAUUAAUUAAGUUUCUAUAGUUUAAAUUGUUAUAUGUUAAACAUUGAGUCGUUGAAUAUUGGUCUGAACAGACUUGUAUAUUGUCGUCGUGGCAUAAUUAUUAUACCUUCAUGCU